AUGGGCAGCCUCCAGACCGAAAACCCAGAAUUCGCCGCCGCCGUCGCGACGAACACCGACGGCUUCGCCACAAACCCACUCGAUCACGAGGAGUUUAGACGACAGGGACAUAUGGUGGUUGACUACAUCGCCGACUACUACCGUGACGUUCACAAGUAUCCAGUCCGCAGCCAGGUGGAGCCCGGCUACCUCCGCCGCCGUCUCCCCGAUGCAGCCCCGAACGGCCCCGAGCCGAUAGAAGCCAUCCUCGGCGAUAUCACCCAUGAUAUCCUCCCCGGUAUAACCCACUGGCAGAGCCCCAACUACUACGCCUACUUCCCCUCCAGCGGCAGCACCGCCGGAUUCCUCGGGGAGAUGCUCAGCACCGGUCUGAACGUCGUGGGUUUCAACUGGAUGUCCUCCCCCGCCGCCACCGAGCUCGAGACCAUCGUCAUGGACUGGCUCGCCAAGAUGCUCAGGCUCCCGGAGGCCUUCCUGUUCUCCGGCGGCGGCGGCGGGGUCCUCCAGGGCACCACCUGCGAGGGCUUGCUCUGCACCUUGACCGCCGCCCGCGAUCGGGUCCUGAAGAAGAUCGGCCGCGAGCAUAUCGGCAAGCUCGUCGUCUACGGCUCCGACCAGACCCAUUGCGCGCUCCAGAAGGCGGCGCAGAUCGCCGGCAUCCACCCCGAAAACUUCCGCGCCGUCGGCACCACACGAAAGGACGCCUUCGCGCUCAACCCGGCUUCCCUCCGCGCGGCAGUGGCGGCGGACGUGGCCCGCGGCCUCGUGCCGCUCUUCCUCUGCGCCACCGUCGGCACCACCUCCUCCACCGCCGUCGACCCGGUGGCGGGGCUCUGCGAGGUGGCCAAGGAGAACAACAUGUGGGUGCACGUCGACGCAGCCUACGCCGGCGGCGCGUGCAUCUUGCCCGAGGUCCGGCACGUCAUCGACGGCGUAGAGAACGCCGACUCCUUCAGCUUCAACGCCCACAAGUGGUUCUUCACCAACCUCGACUGCUGCUGCAUGUGGGUCAAGGACCCGGCGGCACUGGUGGCGGCGCUUUCCACCAAUCCCGAGUACCUCCGCAACAAGGCCACCGAGUCGAAGCAGGUGGUGGACUACAAGGACUGGCAGAUCGCCCUCAGCCGGCGGUUCCGAGCCCUGAAGCUCUGGAUGGUCCUGCGGAGCUACGGCGUCUCCAACCUGCGCAACUUCCUGCGCAGCCACGUCGCCAUGGCCAAGCACUUCGAGAGCCUCGUGACCGCAGACGAGAGGUUCGAAGUGGUCGUCCCCCGGACCUUCGCCAUGGUCUGCUUCCGACUCCUUCCGCCGGCGCAGGCGGGGAGAGAGACUGCCAACGAGCUCAACCGGAGGUUGCUCGAGGCGGUCAACUCGUCGGGAAAAGCCUACAUGACCCACGCGGUAGUUGAUGGCGUAUACAUGAUCCGCUUCGCCGUGGGCGCGACGCUGACGGCCGAGCACCACGUGGUGGAGUCAUGGCGGGUGAUCCAAGAGCAUGCCUCCGAGAUUCUCGCGGCAUGGUCGUAG